GAUGCCAAGGGGCUGCUCAUCGCCAUGGGCUUCGGCAUGUCGGCGAGCAAUUGGUGCUCAAAGCACCUCGGCUUCGUUCCGAGGUGCCGGGAUGCGCUGAUCCCAGAAGCGCGCGCGUGGCACAGGGCCAGAAAUCGCGGCCUGGCGUCCAUGGGCUACUCCAAGUACGCCUCCCUGGAGCGGCGGGCGCUGGAGGCCUUCAAGCGGGCUGUCGGGGAGGACCUGGUGGCUCUGGAGCACGACGGAGUUGCGGUGAUGCGGGAGAGCGCAGAGGCGGUGGUCGCCGCGGCCGCGGAGCUGGGCUUGCAGGUGGCCGUCAAGGAGACCCCGGACCCCCUCCAGUACGCGGCGGAAGAGCACCCGGAGUUCAACUGGAGCCUGCAGGCGAAGCGACCCUACCGGGAGUUUGCGCAGGUGCGGGACGCCUGCCUCGUGCACAUCUCCCUGCGCCGAGUGCGGCCCAACGGCUCCGACUUCGCGGACUUCGUGGCAUCCCUCCUGGCUCCCGUGGUCAACGUGCCUCACGAGGACGGGGAGAAGCGCACCACCUUCGAGUUCUUCGAUGGCAAAGGCUUCUGGGUGCCCAAGCACAAGGACGACAUGGGGGCCCUCAUCCGCAUGAGCUUGAAGAACCUCUCGCGGCCCGCCUACGCCGGCCCCUUCACUCCGCCGGAGCCGCUCAACGACAGCUGCUGGACCAAGAGCUUGGUGGACGAGGUCUUAGGCUUGCUGAGCGGGCACACCAUGGCUCCGCUCAACGCCGACAGGACGCGGGGGAAAGUCCUGUACUCCGACGGGGUGGUGGUCGGCACCGGGGAGCGGAGGCUGGCUCAGCCCUGCGGCCGCAUGUCCUUGCACGCAGAGGCGACUUCGGCAGCCUGGGUGCCGCCCGUUGCCACGCAGCUCUUCAGCAAGGUCGAGACCUUCCUCCGGACGCGCGGAAGGACCCUGGAAGAGAACGAGGAGGGGCUCGCGGUGGUGGAGGCCUUCGAGGAGCUCAAGCCGCACUCCGGUCUCCUGAAGCUCCUGAGGAAGUACGGCUCGUGGUUGCAGGUGCUGUACAUUCUCCGCCUCUUCGCCCGUGCGAUCGUGGCUCUGGAACGCCUGUGCGAGCUCUUCUACCUCCACGGGCCGGGCUCCUCCGGCAAGGACGUGCUCAUGCUGAUCCUGCUGCGCUUCCUGGGCUACGAGCCGCAGCACUACGGGCUCCUCGUGAGCGGUCGCUACUUCGUGGCGGCCGUACUGGGGCUGGAAGGACCGCUGCGCAUUGGUGGGGGCCCGGAACGCCCCCGCCUCCUCCAGCCGCCGCUGGCGGCCCUCCGUGAG